CACCAAAACAGACCCUAUGAUUGUGUGAAUCAUUUUAUUGUGCCUAUCAUGACUCAGCAUCUCCACUAUAUGGUUGAAAUUGAGAAAGGAGUGGGAUACAUUUGGCCUACUAUAUCAUUUAGAAGUGAAAAACCUGUUUCACUGAGGACAGUCAUAACAUUUCAAGACGAGUUUGAAAUCAGGACUCACCUGUGGGUAGUUGCAACUGCUGAUAACUGCAUCCUUACGACACAUGCCUUUUUGAAAGGGCACUGCAUUAAUCCUGAUUUCAUUGAAAGUGUUAGUCAAAAAGAUAAUCCAAUCAAGAAACCAUGUGGAAUGUUGUCACCAGCAAACCAAACAAUGGAUGAGGCAGCUGAACAACAGAAAAAUGCACUAGCAACAGAGACAGGUUGUUUCUGUACCAAAGCAACAAUAUGUCAUGAUAGUACAGAUGUCAUAUAUUAUAUAUCAGAAGAUAAUGCAGUGCCAUUUCCAGAGGAUUUUACUGCUUUGAAAACUCCACAUUAUCAGCUUAAAAUGAGUCAAAUAUGUAAUGAGACCAUCAUUCCUCUUGCAAUGUUGUAA